UCAUCAUUUGACAUUCCGUUUAUUUGAAAAUGUUUUUUUAUAUGGAAAAUUUACCUUUUUACUACGUUUAAAUUUUCAGUAACAAAAUUGAAGAAGAAAAAAAAUGGCAGCAAUGGAUUGUGACGAUGUUCAAACAAUGGUUAAAGAUAAUAAAGGCAGAAAAAUUCAUCUAUUCCAUGAUUAUCAAUAUCGUUCGGCCAUGUUGGAAAAUCUAAACAUGUUACGCAAGAAUCAACAAUUUUGUGAUGUCAUUCUACAGAUUGGAACAAAUCAUCAGGAUAUUCAUGAAAUUUAUGCUCAUAAAGUUGUAUUGUCUAGUUCGAGUACUUAUUUAUUCGAGAUGUUUAUGAAUCAUGAAUAUCAACCCAACAUCACUAAUAACUGCAACAUGAAUGGUUCAUUACAAUUGACCAAUACUUUAAAUGCACCGCAACAAUUUCGUUUAGUUUCCGCUACAAAUUUUGAAUCCGAUCCUGAAGCAUUUGAUUUGAUCAUCGAUUAUGCCUAUACGGCUACGUUGAAAAUUCCCGAAUCAAAAGUACGAGAAAUUUAUUCUAUAGCUUCACGAUUGAAAAUGACCAAUGUGGCUAAUAAAUGUGGUCAAAUUAUUCUUUCCAUGUUAUCAACUGAAAAUUGUCUGGAAAUUCGUAAUAUGAAAGCUGUAUUAAACGAUGCGAAUCUGUUGCAAUCAAUCGAUGCUUUCAUACGGCAACAUUUCGAAAAAAUUGUCAAAUCAUCAAGUUUCAUCGAUUCACAAUUAUCACAAAUGAAAAUUGAAUUUUUAUUGAAUUCAGAACAAGAAGAACAAUCCAUCAAUGAUCGUCACAUGCUUAAUGAAGUUUUAGAAUGGAUUCGUAGCUCAUUCGAACAUGAUGUACUCGAUUUGGACCGUUUCAAAGAUCGAAAUACAAUGCUAAUGUUGCAUUAUGAUAAGACAAAAAAUGAAAUUCAAGACUGUUGUCAAAUUGAAUCGAAUUCUCCGGACGAAUCGGAGAUGAUCGAAGAUUAUAAAAAAUUGAACAAACGGAUCGCUUUGAUUCGAAAAUCUUUGUCUCAGGAUAAUAUACCGAAUGUUCUGGUCAAAUCAUCCAUUCCUUCAUCUAAACCACGUCAAUUUCUAUUUACAAGAUCUGAUUCAGAAUCAUCACUCUGUUCAUCGGCAACAGAUGGCAAUGGUGUAAACUGUAGUGAUGAUGGUCAAGAUGAUCAUCAACACGAAUGGAAAGUAUUGGCCAAUUGUCGAUUAGGUUCGGGUAAUCAUACGCUUGUUGGCUUGGUAUCGAUCACCGCUGGUCAACUUUGUCUAUUAUCAAUUACACUACGAAUCAAAGAAUCAAAAUCUAAGCAGAAUAGUCUAAGCGAAAGUGUACAAUGUGAUCAGGAUGAUCCACAACAAUAUUGUCUGAUACCGCCGAUGAAUUCGGCAAGAUGUGCUGUUGGUAUAGCCAAUUUCAAAGGGAAAUUGCUUGUCUGUGGUGGAUAUGAUCGCGGCGAAUGUUUGAAAACUGUUGAACUUUACGAUACGGUUGAAAAUCGAUGGCAGCUAUUGCAACCAAUGCAAGUCCCACGUGGCCGAUUUUCAGUUGCUGUUGUUGAUGAUUGUGUUUAUGCUAUUGGUGGUUGUGAUGGACAUGAUGACCUCAAUUCAGCUGAAUACUAUGAUGGAUCUCAAGGCGAAUGGAAGUCAAUACAUAGUGCACCGGUAGCACGGUCAAAUGCCGGCGUAUGCUCAAUGAACGGAAAAAUUUAUGUGAUUGGAGGUUGGAAUGGUAAUCGCGGAAUGUCUAGAUGUGAUAAAUAUGAUCCACGAACUAAUCAAUGGUCUGAUAUGUCACCCCUUAAUAUUGGUCGUUAUCAAACCGCAUGUUGCUCAUUGGAUUCAUCAAUAUAUUCGGUUGGUGGGUGUGAUUCAUGGUCAUGUUUGAAUAGUGUUGAACAGUAUUCAAGUUAUACUGGCCAAUGGCGUCUUGUUUCGCCAUUACAAACUGCUAGACGUGGAUGUGGUGUUGCAGCUAUUGGUGGUAAAAUCUUUGCAGUUGGUGGGCAUGAUGGUGUUCAUGCAUUAUGUUCAGUUGAAAUCUAUGAUCCAGAAGAGGAUCAAUGGACCUAUGGUAAAUCAAUGACAAUUGCUCGUGCUAAUGUAGGAGUUGCUGUCAUUGAUAAUCGGCUUUAUGCUGUCGGUGGAUUCAAUGGCAAAGCAUUCCUAAAUACAAUUGAAUAUUUUGACUUUGAACAUGAUCAGUGGACAACCUCGGUCAUCAUAUCGGAUUCAAUUUGUUCAGCGAAUCAUUUGACGAAAAAUGAACUUAAUAAUAAACAAGAAAAGACUAAAAUCGAUAAAAAUGAUGUCCAUUCAAUGAGUGAUAAAAAUAAUAAUGACAUGAAUUCGAAAAAUAAGAUUGAGAAAAAAAUAUCUGGUAACACUUCAUUCAAUCAAUCAUUGGGUUCGGUUAUGGAAGUUGAAGAAACAUUGAAACAAGCAUAAAUCUAAUCAUAAAAAAUCAUCCAUUACCUUUUUAUUGACAUUAAAGUUUAUUAUAAUUCCAAAAAUAUUAUUUGAUACAAUAAUCACAUCAUGUUGAUUCACCUUAUACUCACACAUAUAUUGAUAAAAACUUUCAAAAAAGACACAAAA